CAAGCCGCUUUCGGGUUCAGAAGACCGGGCGCUGGGUAUCCCAAGCGAAGCGCGAAAUAGCGCCGUUGGGAAGAGCCGGGCGCGAGAAGCCGGGAGCAGCCGGGCGCAGCACGGAUGACCGAUGCAGAAUGGGCGGCCAACAUGCGGCGGGUUCUGGGGCCACACCUUGAAGCCAUGAGCUCUGAGGUGCAGGAAGCCUGGGGCCCCGAGGUGGAUCCUGAGGCCAUGCUGCUCCGGUGGCUUUGCCAGCGUCGAAACUUGGAAGUUCCCCCCGUCUCAGUGCGGCGGCGGAAAGUCGAAGACCUCGGAAGGACGGACUCCAACGUCCCGUCGAGCAGCUCCAAAGAGCCUACCAGCUCUACCAGCUCUAGGGCAAAAGGCGACAAAGCGUCCAAAGAACCUAUGAGCGCUAGGCUGCCUAGUAGAGAAGCCAAGGCUGAAGAGGAGAGACAAAGCAAUGCAUUGGUCCUUCCUCCAUUGGUUGAUGAGGCCAAAGCACCCACAGCCAUGUCCUUGGACCUCGGGGUCAAGGCCCUCGAGAAGAAACAGUGGACCUCGACAUUGAGCGUGAACUUACCCGAGUGCAAGCCCUGGGAAAGAACGCUGCAAACGGUGCAAGAGCGCAUCCUCUCUGACCAAGUCAGGCAUAGCAGCCAUUCUCAGUUGUUGAAGGCCAACGGCCAGCGAAUGCAGGACCUCAUGGCCUACAUGCACCAGGAGUUUCGCGGGCAAUUCCUCGCCAAGGUGCCCUUGCUCUCCAACGAGGUUUUGGAUGCCAAAACCCAAUUUCGGUUGGUGAGCUUCCUGAAGGCGGAAACCUUUGAGCGAGGUCAAUACAUCAUCAAAGAGGGCGAGGUGGGAGACAAGUUGUACAUCAUCGAACGUGGGGUUUGUGAGGUCUUGAAGAAGCUCAAUGGCCGCGAAGUGACAGUGGGGCAACUCUCGAAGGGUUCCUUCUUUGGCGAGAUCGCGGUGCUCUAUGAUAUGCCUCGUACGGCGACCGUGCGCACACAGACGGCGGUCAUUGCCCUGGCGCUCAGCCGCGCCGACAUCACGUCGCAGCUGAGCACGGAGGAUUUAGAGCACAUGAAGCUCAUCGCCAGAACACAGGUCUUCGGCAGUGUACCUCUGCUGGCUGACUUGAACGCUGAAAGGAAAGCCAAAGUUGCACUUGCGUUGAAGAGCCAGAGGUGGUACCGUGGGGCUGUGGUAGCAGGUCAAAACCACAUCACGUCUCGCAUGUACAUCAUCGAGCAGGGCAAUAUCCUUUUGACCCCUUCGAGGAGCAAGUCUGCGCCACAGGAGAUGCGACUUGGUCCCGGACAGUUCUUUGGGAUGCGCGGCUUGCUGUAUGGGGCCCCCAUGGGCUACACCAUCACCGCUGACAGCGACGAGGUCAUGACGCUGUCCAUCAGUCAUGAGGAGCUGGUGAACACCGCGGGGCCUGACUUAGCAGAUCGAACCGAGUUGGAUGCGAUCCUGCACCGCUCCAUGAGAGCACAUUUGGUGAAACAGAUCCCAGCCAUCCAGCGAUUGGCGGAGGAGAACUUCCAGAAGGUCUUUGAAGAAGCCCAGGAGGUCACUUACAAAAAGUGGAACGUCGUCUUCCGUCAGGGCGACGUCCUGCGAUACGUCUAUGUCUUGGAGACCGGGAAGCUCUCCGAGUAUGAAGGAGAGUUGGAAGAAUUGGUGAAAACCGACGGGAAGGUCGCCUUCAAGGAGGGGAAGUGGAACGUGAUCCAAGACAAGCAGAAAUCAUCGGAAUAUGUCUAUAACCUCAAGUCAGGGCAACUUGCCAUCAUCGACGAGAGGUUGGGCUCCAAAGAGCCCUUCGAUGGCAAGGCGAGCAGCGACCUUGAUGUGAACUGCCCGGAGCAUGUCGCUCCGGGGGACUACUUUGGUGCAGAGUGUUUAUCGAGCAAGAGCGCCCGAGCAGCCUACACCUUGGUGGCCCUCACAGAUGUGACCUUGCUCCAGUUUCCACCAAGCUCCAUCUGGGCGGUCCAAGAGGAGCAGCGGCAGUUCCUGUCGAGGAUCCAGCUCUUUUCCGAGGAUGUCCUCAGCAAGGAUGAGCAGUUCAUGCUCGUGAGCAAGCUCAAGCCAUGGAACUUCUCUGCAGGAAGGUAUAUCAUUAAGGAAGGAGAGAUUGGUGACAUGCUCUUCAUCAUCGAGAAAGGUGUUUGCGAUGCCUGCAAGUAUCUCAAUGAUCAAGAGGUCGUUCUGACUCAGCUGAAGAAGGGCGCCUUCUUCGGAGAGCUGGCAGUGAUGUUUGACAUGCCGCGCACCGCCUCCGUGCGGGCAGCCACAGCGGUGACGGCUAUGUCACUGACGCGGGAGGACAUCACCAGCGUCAUCGGCGAAGACAAGAUCUCGAAGAUGCAGAUCUUGGCAAAAGCCCAGGUCUUCGGGAGCAUUCCCAUCUUGGCUCGUCUUUCUGCCAGCGCCAAGAACACCAUCGCAAGGAGGCUGCAGCCGAAGACCUUCCGUCAGGGUGACGUCAUCAUUGACCAAGCGCAGCCAGCGAGCAGGCUCUACAUCAUCGAGUCUGGAUCCGUGGUGGUCAAGUGCGGAAGCGAUGAAAAGGGGCAGCAGGUCUUGGCAGGGACCUCCUUCGGAAUGCAUGGGCUGCUCUACGAAGACCCUUAUGUUCUUGAGGUGACCGCCUAUUCGGACCAGGUGAAGACACUCUCCUGCACACUGCCGGACAUUCUGGCAGCUGCUGGAACUGGCGAGCAGGAAGCCAUGGAGAGGCAGAUGCACAAUGCCUUGAACAUGUGGCUGCUGAAGAGUGUUUGCCUGGGCAAUGAGUCGGACAAGCAGCUGGCCAAUGCCUUGCGGAAGUGCGAGGUGCUGCACUUCAAGCCUGGAGCAACGGUCUUCCAGAAGGAUGAUGAGUUGGCAUCAGUCUACAUCGUGAUCCAUGGUGUGUUUGAGCCGGACAGCUUCAAGCCGGCGCGAAAGACCGAAGUCCGUGGGAAUCUCGUGAACGCCACGGUGGUAUCCUUUGGAAUGGAAUGGUCACAAAGCGAAGGACCAGUGAGUGCUCCAUACACACUCAGGGCAGAAAGCGCGGGUGCUCUCCUGUCAGUUCCAUUACAAGUGGUGAAUCCAAUGUAGAAAGGCAUGGGUUUCACGUGUCCAAAGGUCGACAUGCACGUUUGCAAAAUGCACAUGUGCGUUUGGCCAUAGUCCACUCAAUAGGUUUAUUCAGUUCUCAUCAUGUAACUUCUUUGUUACUUGUCGUCAUUGCUUUGGCCAUAUCCAAUCUACUCAAAUAAUGAGUAAAAAGAGUGAAGGCACAUUUUAAAGUAGAUAUCAAUUCAAACAUGUUCAUUGAAAUAUAUAAAU